UAGCAAUUGCCUGCAUUACCCACCACCCUUUCAUCGAGCCGCGACCACCAGACCUACCACAAUGAAGUACCAUAUUUUCCUGGGACUAUUUGCCGUGGCGGCCGCAUAUCCUGGCAUCAUCCACCAGGAGAUCCCACAAAUCGAGCACGAAGGCAUCAUCGGUGAAUCGGGACACCAUCAUCAGGUCCAACAUGAACACGCCAAGUCACAUCAAUCAAUCAAAUUCGAGCACUUCCACCCAGUGCCCGUGUACGUGAAGAAGGAACACAGCCAUCUCCUCAAGCACCCUCUUGAAAAGGGACAAUCUGAGCAAAACUUGAAACAGAUCCACCCCGAAACGCAACACAACCAUGGUGGUGGCCUGGUACUGGAAGACCACAGGCUGAAUACUGAGCAUCUUGCUGCGAGCCUCGGUCAUGGGAGUUACGAGCAAGGAGGUCUUGAACACGGAGGUUUGGACCAAGGAGCUUUAGAACACGCUGCCCUUCAACAUGGUGGAUAUGAACAGGGAGGCUACGAGCACCAAUUAGCUGGAAGUUAUGAAGGUGGUGAAGGUUUAAAAGGAUACGCUGAACAACAACCAGAGAAUCAGGGGCAUUACUACUCCGAGCACGCUCAAGCUCUAUCAGGUGACAGCGGAGAAGGUUACAAAUUCGAACAUUAUCACUAACUGAGUAAAUCUUCGUUCUUACCGGCAUAUCCUGAGGAGAAAAUCUCCACACUCUCAAAUAGUUUAAGAUUUACUUCUUGCCUGUUGAUACUGUAGUAUAGUUACUAUCAGUGUUUAAGAUGAGAUGGCGUGAGGCUUUGUUUUUAAUAAUGCUUCGAAAUUUUGUUUAAAUGUACCUGAUUUAUUUAUAUAGGAAAAGCAUAAAUUGGUUGAACAACCCGUGAAUUCUUUUGGUGAUGUAAAUGUUGCAACAAAGUGUGUAAUCGCGUAAAUUAUGACAGUAUAUAUAAUGUAUUGUAUUAUUGUCUUGUAAUUACGUUUUAAAAAGGAGUAGUAUGAGAAAGCGACUUCUGUUAAUACUCAGUAGUGUGAAUUCUCUGCUCGAUUCUUUUUUAGUAUUAUUAUGAUAAGGAUGAGUCCCAGUGAAAUUGUGAUAUUAAUAAAAUGUUGAAUUUUA